CCCAUCCGGUCCCAUCUGGUCCCAUCCGGUCCCAUCCGGUUCCAGUCUUCCCAUCAUGCCCCUCAGGUGGCGCCACACCUCGCCGCUCCUCUUCCUCUCCCUCGUCUUCCUCACCUCCUCGUCUGACUCCUUGUUCUUCGGCGACGAGGGGGAGGAGCCGCAGAACGUGACGCUGGCGGCCAUCUUGCCCCUGACCAACGUGGCCUAUGCGUGGGCGUGGCCUCGCGUGGCGCCGGCUCUGUACCGGGCGGUGGAGCGGGUGAACGCCGACCCGCGGCUGCUGCCGGGCCUCGCCCUGCGCCUGGUGUUCCGCAGCUCGGAGAACCGCGACGGCUUCUGCUCCGACUCCAUGGCGCCGCUGGUGGCCGUCGACCUCAAGCUGUCCCACGACCCCUGGGCCUUCAUCGGCCCCGGCUGCGACUACUCCUCCUCGCCCGUCGCCCGCUUCACCACGCACUGGGACGUUCCCAUGGUGACGGCCGGCGCGCGGGCCGUCGGCUUCGACAAAUACGCGGCGGUCACCAACACGGGCCCCACCCACAAGAAGCUGGGCGAGCUGGGCGUCAAGAUCCACGAGCACUUCGGCUGGCGGCGGCACGCCAUGCUCAUCUUCAGCGACAACAAGGACGCCAACGACGACCGGCCGUGCUACUUCGCCGUGGAGGGGCUGUACGAGGAGCUGGGCGCCGCCAACGUCACCAUCAACGACCACGUCAUCGACGCCGACAAGCUCAGCUACCAGGAGCUGCUCCACGACAUCAGCCAGCAGGGCCGCGUGGUGUACCUCUGCUGUGCCCGGGACAUCUUGCGGAAGCUGAUGAUCCAGUUCUGGAAGGAGGGUCUGGCGGUGGAGGACUACGUUUUCUUCUUCAUCGAUCUUUUUGGCGAGGGCAUCGGGGGUCAGAGUCCCGUCAGGCCGUGGUACCGCGGCGACCAGGACGACCACGCGGCGCGGGACGCCUUCCGGAGUGUGAAGAUCGUGACGUACCUGCAGCCUCAGAACCCAGAGUACCAGGAGUUCGUCCAAAUCCUGAAGAGCGACGCCAAGAGCCUGUUCAACUUCACCAUCCAGGACUCACUGUAUAAUCUGAUCGCAGGUGGUUUCCAUGACGGCGUGAUGCUGUACGCACAGGCGCUGAACGAGACGCUGAGCGAGGAGAGCUGGGAGACAGGAGGAGGAGGAGGAGGAGGAGGAAGAGUCCGCAGGCCCAGAGGAGACGUGGUGACCAAGAGGAUGUGGAACAGAACCUACCAUGGGGUCACAGGCCUGGUGCAGAUGGAUGAGUUUGGGGACAGGCAGAUCGACUUCGCUCUGUGGGACAUGACGGACAGCGACACGGGAGAGUACCAGGUGGUGUGUGUGUAUAACAGCAGUGUGAAGCAGCUGGUCAUGCAGAGUGGGCGGAGCUUCCAGUGGCCAGGCGGAGCUCCGCCUCCAGAUGUGCCGGAGUGUGGCUUUAAGAACGACAAACCGGCCUGCCUCGCUCGUACCGUCUCCAUGCACCAGAUGGUUGCCAUAGUGAUCUGCUUUGUCUUGAUCAUCAUCGUUACUGUCACUGUAUUUAUCUACAGGAAGCUGAAGCUGGAGAGCGAGCUGGCGGCUCAGCUGUGGCGAGUGUCCUGGGACGACGUGCAGCUGAGCAACCUGGACAAAGUCCUGAAGAGAGCCUGCAGCCGGCUCACCAUGUCCAUGAGAGGAUCCAACUACGGCUCGCUGAUGACCAUGGAGGGAAACUUCCAGAUCUACACCAAGACCGGAUACUACAAGGGGAACCUGGCAGCCAUCAAACACAUCAGCAAGAAACGCAUCGAGCUCACCCGCAAGGUCCUGUUCGAGCUGAAGCACAUGCGGGACGUUCACAACGAACAUCUGACUCGCUUCAUCGGCGCCUGCAUCGACCCGCCCAACGUGUGCAUCAUCACAGAGUACUGUCCCAGAGGCAGCCUGCAGGACCUGAUGGAGAGUGACAGCAUCACUCUAGACUGGAUGUUCAGAUACUCCCUCAUCAACGACAUCGUCAAGGGCAUGGCCUUCCUGCACAACAGCGUCAUCGUCUCCCACGGCAACCUGAAGUCAUCCAACUGCGUGGUGGACAGCCGCUUCGUCCUCAAGAUCACCGACUACGGCCUGGAGAGCCUCCGCAAGAGCCACAGCCCCGAGGACACACACGCCUACUACGCACGUAAGCUGUGGACGGCCCCCGAGCUGCUGCGGGCCGGCUGCCCCCCCUCCUGCGGCACCCAGAGGGGGGACGUCUACAGCUUCGGCAUCAUCCUGCAGGAGCUCGCCCUGCUGAGGGGCGUCUUCUACCUCGACACACACACACUCCCACCCAAAGAGAUCGUGGAGACGGUGACACGUGGGCUCCGCCCCCCCCUUCGCCCCGCCCUCUGCUCCUUCAGCCACAGCGAGGAGCUCGGCCUGCUGAUGCAGCGCUGCUGGAGUGAGGAGCCGAGCGAGCGGCCCGACUUCCACACCAUCAAACUGCUGCUGAGGAAACAGCACAGGGGGUACGGCUCCAACAUCCUGGACAACCUGCUGUCCCGGAUGGAGCAGUACGCCAACAACCUGGAGGAGCUGGUGGAGGAGCGAACGCAGGCGUACCACGAGGAGAAACGCAAGGCCGAGAACCUGCUCUACCAGAUCCUGCCCCACUCUGUAGCAGAGCAGCUCAAACGAGGUGAGACAGUUCAGGCUGAGGCCUUUGACUCUGUAACCAUUUACUUCAGUGACAUCGUCGGCUUCACCGCCCUGUCUGCUGAGAGCACGCCGCUGCAGGUGGUGACUUUGCUGAACGACCUCUACACCUGUUUCGACGCCAUCAUCGACAACUUUGAUGUUUAUAAGGUGGAGACGAUCGGCGACGCCUACAUGGUGGUGUCGGGGCUGCCGGUGCGGAACGGGAAGCUGCACGGCGGCGAGGUCGCCCGCAUGGCGCUCGCCUUGCUCGACGCCGUCAAGAGCUUCAGGAUCCGCCACCGAGCCGACCAGCAGCUCCGCCUGCGCAUCGGCAUCCACAGCGGUCCUGUGUGUGCAGGUGUGGUCGGCCUGAAGAUGCCCAGGUACUGUUUGUUUGGAGACACAGUCAACACCGCCUCCCGCAUGGAGUCUAAUGGAGAGGCUCUGAAGAUCCACGUGUCGGAGGCGACCCGGCAGGUCCUGCAGGACUUCAACUGCUUCCAGCUGGAGCUGCGAGGAGAGAUCGAGGUGAAGGGGAAGGGACGCAUGAGGACCUACUGGCUGCUGGGGGAGAGCAGCGCCCACUGAGCGGAACCUGCCGGAACCCACCGGAACCCACCGGAACCCACCGGAACCCGAGAGGAAGCACGAGGCGGUGCGGAGGGAGGAGGCGGAGGCAGGGAGGACGGAGAGUCAGACGAGUAGAAAACAAACUUGUGAAGAAGAAGUUUUUUCUGUGUUUGCGUGCCUGAUGUGUGUGAGAGAUCUCUGCCAGCUGAACUACACUACCCAUGAUGCACUGCAGCCAGCGGCAGCAUCGCAGCAGCACAAGGACGUUCAUUUUGUGUCUGUCAUGAUCACAUGAUCGACUUUUCCCACCUGAAGACAAACAGAGCAGAACAUCAGGGGUCAGGGGUCAGAGGUCAGAGGUCACAGGUCACAGGUCACAGGUCAGAGGUCAGAGGUCGCGCAGCAGACAGACAAGCUGCUGGUGUGAAAGAACCGUCCUCCUCUCUGAUUGGAUGUUUAACUUCCUGUUGGCUCCUUGCAGGCCUGAUGUGUGAAAAGCUGAGAAACACUGAAGAAGAAACAAAGAUCCUCCCGUGUCAGACAGAGCGCCGCUCGCGUCCACAGAAAUCAAUCUGAAUUUCAGAGAUCAAAGUCAUAUUGACCAGAAAAAUCUGACAAAUUAAAUAAAUAAAUUCACGAGUUUUUUUCCUGGAAAUUUGUGACUUUAGAAUCUCAGUAUUUUCAUGUUUUUUCUCAUAAAUUUGUGAGUUUGCUCUGAAAAAUGCAUCGCUGCUUUCAUGCCACAUUCACUUGCCCUCGGACAGACGAGUUUCAGCUCACACUGGGCUGGCAGCUGCCGGCCCGGCCCCCCCAGUGGAUCCGCCCCUGCCCUCCACCUCAGUAAAAGUCUGACUUAAUGCUGCAUUCACUGCUCAUCUGAUUCACUGUAAAAAUGACCUGCUGACAUGAACAUGUGCCCUCUAGUGGUGAUGACAGGGUAGGACACGUGGGGGGUUCAGAGACGUGCUGCUCAUGAAAAACAGAUCAUGAUCACAGGAACUUGGACAUUAAAGGCAUCAGCGCCGCGUCCUCUGACGUGAACGAGGCGCUCCUGUUCGCACUCGAGCAACAGCUGCUUUUUUAACCACGUUACCUCUUCCAUGUUUUAGCGGCGAGGCGACGCCCCGCCCCGCCGCUCUGCUGCGGAGCGCCGAGGUUUCACCGCGUGACCCUGAACGCAGCGCUGCGUGUCCUGGCCGUCGUCUGCGUUUGUAAUAUUUUGUCAUUUUUGACAAUUCAGGCGUUCUUGCUCGCACUUUGACGCUACAGAUACCUCAGAUACCACACACACACACACACACACACACACACACACACACACACACACACACAUACAGCGACAUGAUGUUUGUUUUACCAGCGAACUGAACCACCGAAGAAGAAUGACGCCAACUGUCCGCUUCAGUUCCUGCAGAGGAUCUGCAGACGCACGGCGGCGUCUCAGAGCCACUGCAGGAAAAAAAACACUUUCAGAAAUUCAGAGUUUAAAGUCGUAAAUUUAUGAGAAAAAAAUCUUGAAAAUUCUGACGUUAUAAAGUCACAAACUGAGGAAAACAACAGAAGCCGCCUCCUCGUCAGCCUCUGAAGACACGUCGCUCUUCUUCCUGAUGAAUCUGUUCACUUUAAUCUGAGAUUCUCCUCACCAAUCUGUGAGCUGAUCAUCUCAGACCUCUGGAGCCUUAGAGCCGGCAGCUCACCUGGUGGAGCGUCCCACCUGUUCAGGCCGACCUCAACCUGUCUCUCUCUCUCUGCCCUGCCUGUCCUGUCUCUCUCUCUGCCCUGCCUGU